AAGCUCUCGGCUCGGUAAUUUUCAAAAGUCAAUCAAGUGACGACGGGAAUCCACCAAGGAAACCCAACCCUCACGCUACUCGAGCGAUUGUCAUAUCCCUCUCCCCAUGCGAUACAGGUGUAUCUAUCGUACAGUGUUGCCUCCUCUACCCGAUCUCCGUGCGGUGACGGGGCUUCCGUCCCACCCCGGCGCAGCACCCGCAAUCCUAUACCCGCGGAUACAAUCCAUCAUGUGAAAUCUCUCCCGCAACCUUGACCCAACCCUGUUGUACCGCAACCACAAACCAUUCCCGCGCACACCGCAAGCCUCGCAGCCCGCCCGGACGGUUGUACAAACAUCCAUACCACCAAGUGAUUGGCCCGAGAAUUCGAGAAUACCUCUCUCCUUCAAGAACCCCAGGUGGAGAGAGAGACACGCAAUGAGGGACGGGUUGCUGGAGAGGCACCUCCCGCGAAUAGGCCUCGGCCUAGGCCUUGCAGCAGCGACCGCCGCCACCCUCCUCAUCCUCGUCUCCCGCACCACCACCGCCGCCUCCUCCGCCUCCGCAUCCGCCCUCCCGGCCCCGCGUCCGGCGAGGAAUAGCCGAAAGACGGCCCGCUCGCCGAAGUGGACGACGACGCGGGACCAGGGCUGCGAUGAGCGGCUGCCGUACCCGCCCGACGUGUUCCCCGGCGCGCGGGACGUCGCGACGGCGUACGGGAACCUGCGGGUGUACGAGUUUGGGCCGGAGGCGGCGGAGGAGAGAGUCCUUUUGCUGCAUGGUAUCGGGACGCCUUGUCUUGCGUUGGGGGGUAUUGCUGGGGAGUUUGUGGAGAGGGGGUGGAGGGUUAUGACUUUUGACUUCUUCGGCCGCGGCUACUCCGACGCGCCCCUCGACCUCCCCCACGACGCCCGCCUCUACACCACGCAGAUCCUCCUCGCGCUCGCCUCCUCCCCCUCGCCGGGCUGGACCGGCAACGACGCCUUCCACCUGCUGGGCUACUCCCUCGGCGGCGCCAUCGCCGCCGCCUUUUCCUCCACGCACCCGCACCUCGUGCGGUCGCUCAGCCUCGUUGCGCCGGGCGGGUUAGUGCGCAGCGGAGCGCACGUCGGCUGGCGGAGCCGGGUGCUGUAUAACGCGGCGUGGAUUCCGGGAUGGGUGAGGAGGUGGGUUGUUGGGCGGCGGUUGAGGCCUGUUAUGGUGGGAGGCGGGGUGGGCGGUGAUGUGCCGGAGAAGGAGACUGUUGAUGAUGAUGAGGCGGAGGAGAAGAAGGAAGAGUGGGAUGAGCUUAGGCUCGUGGGCGGGGGACGGAUUGGGGAGGUGGUGGGGUGGCAGCUUGCGAGGCACCCUGGCUUCGUGACGAGUUACAUGUCGACGAUUCGGCACGCGCCGAUUUACGACCGCGGGGACGAGGAGUGGAGGGUUCUGGCGGAGGUGUUGGAGGCGAGGCGGAGUAGCUGUGGUGAUGGUGAUGGUGAUGGUCGAGGAUUGUCAUCGGAGCCCGGGCUGAGAAAGGGGCGGGUGCUCUUCCUGCUCGGUGAGGACGAUGACAUUGUCGUGCUCGGGGAGACGGUUUGGGAUGCGGAGAGGGUGCUUGGGGAGGACGCGGUCGAGGUCGUUGUCCUCAGGGGCGGGCACGAGAUUGCUAUCACCAAGGGGAGGGAGAUUGUUGGUGCCGUCGUUGCUGCGUGGGAGAGGGGGCGUAGGGAGGGCGAGACGUGA